AUGGAUUCAGACGACGAGGACAUCUUGCAAUAUGAGAGGGAGACUCUCCGUUACUCUAGCUAUUCUCGACGCUAUAAGGGCGAAUAUCCCGUCAGGCUCUACGAGAAGGAAGAAGAUCAAUGGAUAUACAGGUCUAUCACGUUCACAGUUCGGCAGGGGACGACCUACAACCCGCGUAAUGACCCCUGUGGCGCGCGGGGCGUACAGUACCGUGUCCUGCGCUUCUAUGAGAUGAUGAAGGGUUUCCACACGGGAAUCCUGGACCUCGCAGGCCGACAUGAAUGCAGGUACCGGUCUGUCAAGAAGCGAUGGAUGGCAUUCGCGGCAGAGCUUCACGAGCUACUUGAACACAGUACAGAGAUGGAGGUGCCCGUGCUUGACCCUUCUGGGGAGGUUAUCAUGCUACCGGGAGACCCGCCGGAGCCUCUCAUGAGCGAUUCUUUCUGUGUCGACCCGAAUAACCUGCUGAAGCAGUUUGAAGAGAAGUGGAGGUUGACGGUGUACUCAAUUGGGGCCUUUAAAUGCCUUUAUGAGGAGGUGAAUGAGUGUAUAGAGGCCAAUCCCGAACCCAUGUUUCAGAUGCUUUGCCUUAUGGAUCUUCCUCCAGAGCUCCUGCACAUUAUCAUGGAAGCAUGCGGCGUGGACGGCGCAAGGCGAUUAGGGGCCGCCUGUCGCCCCUUGAGGAUGGUCUCUCUACCGUAUAUCUAUAAGGAUCGUAUACUGAAGCUAAAGUUCGAUCCCAAAUGGGAUGAAGUGGAUGGUAAAAACCCAUCGGAAUUUCUCGACUACGUGCAGUCCCUUGCAAUGACUGCGCGAGACAGUUUCAUUCGAGACGCCGCUUUUCUUCAGUCGCGGCCCGAUAUCACUCAGUGCAUCGAAUCGCUGUCCAUCACGGGUUGGUCGGAGGCGUACUGCAACUCGGCGGGCUGGCAACCGUUCGAUGAAAACGUCACGAAAUUUUUCUUGCCGGUCGCUCUGUACGCCCAAGACCUCAUCGCCCGCUGCCCAAAUAUCAAGAGACUUUCCCUGUCAUUCAUGGUGAUCACUGAAGCAGCGAGGGAGAACGUGAUUGCUCUUCAGAAAUUGGAACAUCUCCGGAUCAUGUGCAGCAAAGUCGUAGGCUCGGCCACGCCGCAUCACCCUGCUUCUGCCGUCCCGAACCUGACCAUAUGGACCUCCAGCGCUCUAGACUCGUCGGCGUGGACAUUCAUGCCCUCUCUGACAAACGUUCGCUGGUUAUGGCUGACUCGCUCGGGUGAUGCGCCACGCAUCCUUCCCCCGCCGGAGAUCAUACAGAGUUGGAAUCCGCUUAUCACUACGGAGCGUGCUUCCAUCGAUGGCGUGCAAUGUGACGAAUGGCCUGACCUUGUCACCCUAUUCACCUCAGCAUCACUCGCCACCGACCAUCACUUACCCCUCACGCAUCUCAAGAUCUCGCUCACAUACGGCAUCCCGUCCUUCAUCGUGGACGAAUUGCUCGCUGCGCUGGAGGGCUCUGCUCUGCAAUACCUCGUGCUCGACGGAACCACGUACGGCGAGCCUGAGAUCAUCGACGACGUCGCACAGAAACUGCCCAACCUCAAAUCUCUUACCCUAGUGUACCGCGAUAGCUAUCGACAAUCGAAGGAAGCUCCCGCAAAUUGGCCAUAUCCAACCUGGGAGUACGCACAGCGGCUCGGACGCUUCCACCAUCUCUCACACUUCUCCUGGAACCUUGACGUACCGGUGUCGUUGUCUCCAGCGGCCAUGCGGCUCUUCGAGGACGGCUACCCCGAAGAGCGGUGGGAAUACCUUGAGGAUGAGUGGUUCUACCCAUCGGGAGAGGUUGCGAAGCUCCUUGCAGCCUAUUGCCCGACGCUCGAGAUGGUAAUGUGUUCAGGCUUGCUAGGCAGCAACUGGGCCAUUACACGCUCGCCGGAGGGGAGCAUCCAAAUAGAAGAGCUGAUUGGCUCCUCUUGGCAAUAUCGUGAGCAGUAUAAUCCCACCCGUUUUUCAUCGUGGCCACUGCUCGGGCUUUCCGACGACUCUUAAGAUUAUAUCGAACUGAAAUCGUAUUUAUUUGAACCGAGGUGCUGGUGUGCUCUGUGGGCUGCUCUCCACGCAUAGCUCGCUACCGCAUCCUUCCCUACCGUUCUGUUCAAGGGUGCUCAAGCUCAGCAUCACGUCAAAUAGGACCGACCCGGUCUUCAGCCACAACCCUGGACAAAGCGGCAGGCUCUUGAAACAAGCCCUAAUCACAAACUUCGUCUCGUUUACAAUCUCAAGGCCAGGUGCCGCGUUUUGGCACGGGCCUUUUAAACCCGCCGCGGCACCACAAGAACCAGCAGGUCCGCGAUAUACACAUGCUAGGACAACGAGCGUGCCGGUAAAAGCUACAGUCUGUCCUCUUCGCCAUGCUAGACUACACAUUCGUGCCGGCUGGGGCUACCAGAGCACUCGGCAAUCCCGAGGUCGCGCUCUUCAAGCAUGUGCAUCUCCGGGAUAGUUGCUAUGAGACUCGAUGGGGCCUCUGAGCUCUCCACACCUCUGCGCGUCGGGGACAGGCACGAGUGCGCGCAAGUCAGUUAUUAGAGCAACAAGAAUCAACAGGCACACGCACAUGGGCAAGUUGAUGUUCGUGGUUAGCAACUGGGAUCCACGCGCGGGCGGCGAUUUGCCGACGCUAGCCUUCUCGCAGACAGUUGAUCUGUUAUAGCCGUGAUGGCGCGGAACACGAACAUUAUGGAGAUGAGAAAGAUUAGACGGGACGCUCGAGCCGGAAGGACAACGUACCUCUCAGGUUCUGUUGUGCCUGGUAGGGCGAGGAGCGAGGUUACGGCGUAGCACGAUGCUAUGGUGCUGGCGACAAGCCCGGGGCUGCUGAAGACGCCGAGCAUGCAUUCUGUUGCUCCGUGUUAGCUGUGCUCGAGAGUGGAAGGGGCGCGGACGCACCGCUUGCUGUGUACCAUGCGAGAAUCUGGC